AUGGCUGCGGAGGAUGAGGCCGCGCGGUGCUGCCUCAGGUCCCCGCAGUCCCGCGGGGCUCCGCUCUCUCCGUCCCGCUGCCUGUGGCUCCUGCUCGGCCUCUGCUGGCUGCUGCCCACCCCGGCUCUCUGCCUGCUCGGCUUCCGUCCGGAGGAGACCGGAGCGGAGCUGUCCGUGGACGACGGGGUGCUGAAAGCCACGGAGGGAACCCGCUUCAUGCUGCGGGUGUACUACUCCACCUCCCCGCAGAGGCUCAACCGCACCGCGGGGACCCGCGCCAACAAUGCCGCGCCCUGGAUCGCCUUCAUCGAGGAGCCGAGUCCCGGCAGAGAGGGACAGGUUCACCCCAAGAGGAACAUGUGCAUGGACAAGAACGCCAGGACGUCCGACAUCGAGGUUUUAGGUUCCUUCAAGUCUGCUUCCAGUCAGAACUCAGUGCUGGUCGAGCUGCUGGCCAAAGACUUGCGAAGAGGGGAGAAGAUUAAGUAUUACUCCAUGUGCGCCUUCGACGGGUCCAAGUGGGAACACUACCGGACAAGAGACUUCUGGGUCGCCGUGACAGAGCGCUCUGCUGUCCCGGAGCUCUGGCUGCAGGUCCUGGUCUCCGUCCUGCUGCUCGGCUUAUCGGCUCUUUUCAGCGGACUGAACCUCAGCCUGCUGGCGCUCGACCCGGUGGAGCUACAAGUCCUGCAGAACAGCGGCACCGACAAGGAGCAGAACUACGCGCGAAAGAUUGAAUCUGUGCGUCGGCAUGGGAACUACGUCCUGUGCACGCUGCUGCUGGGCAACGCGAUCAUCAACGCGUCUUUGGCGGUGUGGAUGUGCCAGAUCCUGGGCAUGACCUGGCUCUCCACGGUCAUUUGCGCCUUUGGCAUCUUCUUCAUCGGGGAGAUUCUUCCUCACUCCGUGGCAUCGCGUCACGGCCUGGCUAUCGCGUCCAAAACCAUCUGGGUGACGCGGCUGCUGAUGGUGCUCUCCUUCCCCAUCUCCUACCCCAUCAGCAAACUGCUGGACCUCAUUCUCAACCAGGAGAUCUCCAACUUCUACACCAGAGAGAAACUGCUGGAGAUGCUGCGCGUCUCAGACCCGUACCACGAUCUGGUGAAAGAGGAGCUGAACAUCAUCCAGGGCGCGCUGGAGCUGCGCACCAAGACGGUGGAGGACGUCCUGACGCCGCUGAGCGACUGCUUCAUGCUGGCGUCGGACGUGGUGCUGGACUUCAACACCAUGUCAGAGAUCAUGGAGAGCGGGUACACCAGGAUACCGGUGUUCGAGAACGACAGGUCCAACAUAUUGGACAUCCUGUUUGUCAAGGACUUGGCCUUCGUGGACCCGGACGACUGCACUCCGCUGAAAACCAUAACGCAGUUCUACAAACACCCGCUGCACUGCGUCUUCAACGACACCAAGCUGGACGCGAUGCUGGAGGAGUUUAAAAAAG